AUGUUUCGACUUGGCAGGCUUCUCCUCCUGCUUGAACUCCUUCUCGUCGUCGCACCGCCCGCCAUUGGUCAACUGGCAGAUGAGGCGAGGAUUGCCGAGUCCGGACGGCGGGGAUUCCGCGAUUAUACGACCACCAGUACAACUACUACCACAACAACCACCACUACACCCGAUCCACCGACUAGUCCCACUCCCCCAUCCAUCAAUGCCAACAAGGACAAAUUGUCAUCGAUGUCGUUGACCAUCGCGUUGGCAGCCAAUCUACUCACUAAUAUCAAGACCACGGCUGCGACGGUGAGCACAGAGAAAACGACGUUCGCCCACCCUGACGCCAUCGACUGCCAGAAAAACUCUACGAUCGAGGGUUGCAACAAUAGCUCGAUGCCGCCACCAUUGGAGACAACAGCCGAUCGCCAAGAUUAUACGAGCCCGUCGGAGACCUUGCCUACCACCCGGCAGCAGGAGGAAAAGGCGACGACUGGCAGGCCAUGCGAUGAGGCGACGAUCGGAUGCACCACGACGCCAAACAUCACAGUCCAAGUGGGACCCGUGCCAACCUGCAACGGGACGAGCCGUCUGCCGAGUAAUGGGAAGCCGAUCCCACUACCUGGUGGUACCAGCACUAGCACCACUACCAGCGCAGCCACGACCAUCGCGCUAUUCGACAACGGGACCAUAGUGACGCUCCACAACGGCUCCAGCGUCAACGUUUGCGCCGACGACUUCAUCGCCCCGCCCAACAGCACCAUCAGCGUCGCAUCGCACUACGACACGCUUGAGGUGAAGUGCUGGAACGAUAUUACCACCAUCCUCUGCAACGACAGCCACAAGCUCAUCUGCCGCGGGCCGAUCACCGUCACCUGCGUGAAACUCGGCCAGACGCCCGACCCCUACAAUGCCACGAGAAGUUCUACCGCCGCUACGUUCAUCGUCGUGGACAAAGAUGAGGCGUUCCCGUGGCUGUUGAUGAUCAUCGGCAUCUCGUUCCUGAUCGUCGUCUGCGCCGCGGCCAUCUUCGCCAAGUUCUACGUCCGCUACAAGUUCACCAACAAAACGAAGAAAAGGGCCGACGUCGAGGCGCCGAUCCAGCUGAAGAACAGCCCUGGUCCCAGCACCCCCGCAAAUGGAAUGCGAUGGAAGAGGAAGAGGAAACUCAAA